AUGUCAUCACAUAAGUCAGCAACAACAACAGCAACUAAAAAAUCAAAUCUUCCUCCAAUCAACCUUAUAUUCAAAUAUUUACAAGAACAAUCAUUAGUUACAAUUUGGUUAUAUGAACAAACACAAUCAAGAAUUCAAGGUAAAAUAAGAGGAUUUGAUGAAUUCAUGAAUAUAGUCAUUGAAGAUGCUGUAGAAUUACAUACUCAACUGGGUAAGAAAGAUGAAUUAGGAAUGAUAUUAUUGAAGGGGGAUAAUAUUACAUUGAUAUCAAGUUUGGAUAUAUAG